CGUAAUGGUUGUUUAAGGCAAAAGGUUAGUAAUCUCUGAGCCUCUAUAAGUGUAAGGAAGGAACCUUAACAGAUGUCACCAAAACUCCUAGAUUGAUUUCAUGGGUUUAUGUUUUGGUUUCUAGAUGGAUGGGGUUGCAGGACGUCACGAUAACGUCGACGAUGGGAGGAACGAUAUUCAAGAACUGGCAUGGGUCAUCCGGCAGUCGCAGCGAGAGCUUUACCCUAAGAUUGAUGUUCCGCUGUUCAAUGGGAAUCAUGCCUCUUCUUGGGCAGACAAGUUUGAGCAACUGGGGUAUAGUAACGAAUGGACGGAUGAGAAGAUGCUUCGCAUGGUAAAAAGCGAUCGGUUACUCGACCUGCGAGAUUUGAGGGCAGUGGAUCGUAAGAAGUUUGGUACUACCAAACAAUUCUUACCAGAGUUUGAGCGUGUGGCUCGUCUAAUCCCGGAUCUGUCCGACAAAGAUCGUUGCCUUAUCUUCCUUGAUAACUUCAACGACGUCGAACAGUCGAAGUUGGUUGAAGGGAUGCAAGGGAGGUAUGACUGGACUAAGGCCCGACAAAAUGCGCUGGUGGGGAAGUUCGACGAUAUCCUCUACCGGCUGUUGAGGCAGCAAAAGGAGGAACGGGAAAAGGUGAAGCUGGGAGAGGUGAAGGACGGUGAAAUUUACAAAACUUUGACCUGCAUGAGAGAAAUGAUGGAAGGCAUGAAGGAGGAAAGGUUGAAGCUUCAAGCCAUGUUGGCCAAAGAGAAAAAUAGUAAGAGGAAGGGGAAAGAGCCGGCGGAAGAAGAAAGCGAUAGUGAGAGCGAGGAGGAAAAGGAGCCGCCUCGCAAGUUGACAAAGGCGGAAAGGAAGGUCUUGAAUCAAAUUCAAGGCAGACAGGGGACUUCCCGUAAACAGGGGAAGAACGGUGGACAAAAUAAUCGAGGAGGGGAUGGCGGUGUCGGCGGUGGUCUGUCAAGACAAUGUUCUCAAGAUCAAGGGCAGUUCCAGCCGCAGGGUGGACGAGGCCGCGGUCGAGGCCGUGGGAACGGACAGCGAAACCGUUGGGCGUGGCAACAGGAAGCCACGUGUAACUAUUGUGCAGAGAAGGGUCAUAUUAUGUGGUUUUGUCAACUCCUUUCAAGAGAUGAGAAGGAAGAAAUUGUCUUCACCACGAUACGCGGACAAGUCUUUGAUUACGAAGGCAACCUUAUCGACCCCAACAUUGAAGGGGGUAUCAGGAAGGAGGCGUUUCGCCGAAUAGGUCGUCCGCUGCCGGCGACGUUCCGGAUUGCUUCUCCUGAAGAAGCGCGGUUGGCCGGGGUCGAGGAGGCCAUGGCGUCAUUACAUAUUGACGACUCGCUGACGGAACCAGGAGGCGCAAACCAUCACGAGACGGCUUGCCCGAUACCGGGACUCUAUUAUCUGACUUUGCGUGGACAUAGAGGAAGUCUGGUCGGGACCCGGAUGCGGCGGCAAAACGAGCAGCUUCAGAAGGAAAGAGAGUCUGAAAAGGCAGUGGAAGAAGAGCCUAUCCCCGUUAGUGAGAACGAUGAGGAUAAUGCGGAUGAGAGGUUGUGGGCCGAAGAGGAAGAACAGGCUUGUCGUCGUGCACUGGAAAGGGAGCCGGAGAAAGGGAAGGCCGAAGCAAGCGAGGAAGCGUCGCGAAAGAAGAAGAAUAUUUACUCGAUCCCCGUGGAGCAGGGGGUCGAAAUCGAGCGACUCGUCGAUAAGAUUCUGGAACGUCAGCGCGACUUGGUCACGCUGAGGGAAAUUUUGGCAGUAUUGCCGAAGAUUAGAGAAGAGUUUAAACAGCGGAUGACUCGCAAGAGAGUCAUGACUGUUAAGCUCGGCGAAGUCAUUCCGCUGGAGGCUAACUGGUCCCCGCCUGGGACGAAGAUGGAUUGGCGAAGUGUAUCAACCGGCCAUAUGAAGGUCCAGAUUGGACAGCAGGAGUACUCGACACUUGUGGAUGAUGGAGCCGAGAUGAACAUCAUUCGUGAACGCCAUGCUAUUGAAGCCGAGUCGGAUCAGGCGGAAGAAUCAUUUCCGGUCGAUGCCUUUCUGAAGGAAGAGGAGUCGCGGUUGAGUAUUAACUCCCUUACCUACCUGACUGAUGCAGCUACUCGACGUGGGAGAUCAAUAUGGAAUGCUCACACUUGUCACGAGGUACGUUCAGAGCUCGUGGUGGAAGGACCUUUCAUUGAGGAGGAUCCAUGGGGUGAGCAGACUGCAGAAGAAAUGAUGAGGUUGGCUUUGACCGAUGACAUCGACCUUAUGCUUGAUCCGCUAACGAUUGAACAGGGCCAUAUGCAGGCUGAUGUCGCUUUCCAGACCGUUAGAAGGAUGUCAUAUAUCAUGAACUUGUUGGUUCAUGAGGAUCGCCUGAGGUUAAUGAAUGCGGAGAAAGGGAGCAUGGCCUUGGAGAAAAGCGAGUUCUUCUUGUCGGAGAUCUCAUUCUUGGGGUACAUCGUCACGGUCGAUGGACUAAAACCGGAUCCGAGGAAGGUGGCAGCAGUUCAAGAAGCCCCUGCGCCGGUCACACUCACCCAGGUUCGGCCUUUUUUAGGGUUGGCAUCCUAUUACCGACGCUUCAUCAAGGGGUUCGCCGGUGUAGCGAAGCCCCUAACGAACAUGUUGAAGAAAGAGGAGCAGCUGAUCGGGACGCCGGAAUGCGAAGCGGCGUUUCAGGCGUUGAAGGAGGCUCUGACAUCUGCUCCUGUGUUGGCGCGUCCCAACCUGACAAGACCGUUCGCACUGUACACCGAUUGGCAGCCGCAGGCGAUAUCGACGGUGCUGACUCAGCACGGGGCGGACGGAAGGGAACACGUCAUUGAGUAUGCGUCCAAGACGCUGAGCCAGGCGCAGGCUAAUUACGAAGCGUGCGAAGGCGAAUGUCUGGCGGUGGUGUGUGGGAUUCAGCAUUUUCGACUGUAUCUUUACGGCCAGAAAUUGGUGCUGGGCCCUUAUCCUAUGCACGAGUUCUCGGAGUAUCUGGUGGAGCUAACUGACGUCGAACCGCUGCCCUUCGCAGACGAAGACGCGUGGGAGUUGCACCGUGCGCUGUACAAGUCGGUGGCGUUGGGGAUGUUUCGAUUCUUCGUGGAUCACGAAGACCACUACAUUGGGGAGCACUUCGUCGUCUACUACGUCAUCAAAUGGCCCAAGCCAGCGCAGAAGGAGGGGACGGUGGCAUUGUACCCAUUCGCCCAGCUCCAUACGAUCGAUCCGGGAUUGUUGGAGCUCAUACAUCUUGAGCUCCUCUCCAUUGCGCAAGUGAUCGGGAGCGAGGAAGAGGAGAUCCAGCCACGAUUGCGGACGGCAACGGCCCCGUGGAGAACGUACAACGAGGUCGUCAUCCCGGAUUACAUUGCGCAGCGCGCGGAGAGGUUGGAGGACUUCCCGGAGGAAAAGCCGUUGCGGCCUCCCUCGUCGUAUCCCCGACCAGAGUCACCCAAGGCCCCCAAGAAGACGCCAAAGAGGAAGAAACGCCACCCGUCGCCAGGAGCGCAAGGCAGCAGAAUCAAUGGCGGCGAGGAGGUGAUUCAGCCCGCGCGUGCACGGAAUCUUGACCCCGCGCCUAGGAGUGAGGCGACGCUCGUUAAGGAGACUGUCGUGCCAUCGCCGCCCUUCCCGCGCGUGCCCGAUCUCAAUCUUGAUGGAGUCGGGCCAUCAGCAGCAGCAGCGGCCGGGGGAGGAAGCCGAAUGGGAUUACCGAAUCCCAUAUCCAGACCCCCCGUCCUCGCGGGACCUCUCCACUUCCGCCAGCCACCCCGGGGUGCCCCGAUCAUUGACAUUAGCAGUUCCUCCGAGCCGGACGGUCCAUCCGAGAGAGGUGGAUUUCAUGGUGGAGCCCACCACCAUCAGGCUCGAGGCCAUCGCGGGGGCGCCGCGCCCUGAUCCGGCGUGGGAGGCAUAUCUGACACCCCCUUUUCAAGGGUGUAUUGCGGCGCGACUGGCUGGGACGCUCAUCUACGAGACUGGGUAGCGUCCCAAUGUGAUGUACCACUUCCUUGUCUUCGCGGUGCAAAAGCGGGAGCGGCGGCCUUACACCGAG